CGCCACCCCUAGAUGGCCUCUCGGCUAGGGUUCCAGCUUCGUCGGACGGCCAUCCUGGACUGGGAGAAUUGGUGGAGCGCACACAGGAGCAGCGCUCAGAGAGAAUCAGGAACGCGCCUGAGGUCCUGGCCAAUCCUUCGUCUUCAGAGCAAUCAAUUGUAUUCCCCUGAAGGGAUCGGCCUCCUCAAUUUUGUGCAGUGUGCAAUUUUCUGAGACAUUUUAUAACAAUUGGAAGGAACACCUGCAGGCCAGCAUGAUUCAAUUUGUCUUGCUCAUUAGCCGGCAGGGGAAGGUGCGGCUGACAAAAUGGUACUCACCGUACACCCAAAAGGAGCGUGCUAAGGCGAUCAGAGAGAUCAGCUCUUCUGUCCUGAGUAGAGGUGCAAAGCUGUGCAACAUCGUUGAAUGGAAGGAUAAGAGGGUCGUUUACAAGCGGUAUGCAAGUUUGUACUUCUGCAUGUGCAUCGACCCUUCGGACAACGAGUUGGCUACCCUCGAAACCAUCCACCACUUUGUGGAGAUCCUCGACCGAUACUUUGGCAAUGUUUGCGAGCUGGACCUGAUCUUCAACUUCCAUAAAGCAUACUUCAUCCUUGAUGAGGUACUUAUGGCCGGGGAGCUUCAAGAAUCGAGCAAAAAAUCUGUAGCAAGGGUGAUUGCUGCGCAAGAUCAACUGGUGGAGAGUGCAAAGGAGCAGCAGGGAUCUAUCAGCAACAUAAUCAAGCAAGCAACGCAGGGUUAAGCAGUUGUUUACUUUGAACCUCUCGAUUGGAAAAGGAUAGUGGAUACAAAGGCUCUUCCUUCUGAGAACAUCAGCGCACGGUAGCGAACAGGCCCUUCUUGUACGAUAUUAAAAUACUAGCAACAAUCGAUUUACCGAUUGUUCAGAACGUUGCUCAGGCGUGCAGUGCACGCUCUGUCCGAUCUGGUGCAUCCUACCAAUCAAUUUCACUUGCCGGCAAAGAGGUACAACAUUUCGAAGCACUAGCCACGGAUUCUGAGAUGCAUGCCGAAGUCAUCGUCCCCGUCUUGGUCGAAGAUGGGGACAAUCGAGCAGGCCUGAGCCUGCGAAAUCGGCUCGUAGACGCUCGGCACAAGCCGUCCCUGCA